CCCACCCUGCCCCCGGCACCAUGGCGUCCAGCGAGGAGGACGGCACGGUGGAGGAGAAGGAAAACAACAACAAGAAGCGAACGAAAAGCGCCCUCGCCACCGCAUGGCUGACCUUCUACAACAUCGCCAUGACGGCCGGGUGGCUGGUUCUGGCAAUGGCGAUGAUGCGUUUUUACAUCCAAAAAGGGACACACAAGGGUCUGUACAGAAGCAUAGCCAGGACCCUCAAGUUCUUUCAAACCUUUGCUUUGGUUGAGGUGGGACACUGUGCUAUCGGAAUCGUAAGGACGUCUGUGAUUGUAACUGGGGUUCAAGUGUGCUCAAGGAUUUUUAUGGUUUGGUUCAUCACCAACAGCAUCAGACAGAUCCAGAAUGAAGAAAGUGUAAUCCUAUUCCUGGUGGUGUGGACGGUGACAGAGAUUACCAGAUAUUCCUACUACACAUUCAAACUGCUCAACCACCUGCCGUACUUCAUCAAAUGGGCCAGAUACAACUUCUUCAUCGUCCUGUAUCCUCUGGGCGUCAUCGGGGAGCUGCUGACCAUUUAUGCUGCUCUGCCGUUCGUACGUAGAACCGGAAUGUACUCCAUGAGGCUCCCCAACAAGUACAACGUGUCCUUCGACUACUACUACUGUCUCAUCAUCAUCAUGCUGUCCUACAUCCCAUUGUUUCCUCAGCUCUUCUUCCACAUGCUGCGACAGAGGCGACGGGUUCUCCACGGAGAAGUCAUUGUAGAAAAGGAUGAUUAAGACCCGCUGACCCCUCCCUCCGGCCCUGCUUCCUUCGUGUUCUCUCCAUCAUCGGCCGGGACGGUAAACCCUGGAAGAACCGGGUGUCAGGACAACAUGUUUACAAUCUCAGCAGGAAGUCAAGACCUCCGGCGCAUGCUGAAUUGCUGGAGGAGUCACGAUCAACCACGUGCUCACGGACGAAGUUGAAAGGUUUUUGACACGUCUCUUAGCUUGUUUCAGGAUUGCUUUUAUUGCAACAAUGGUUUUACAGACAGGAUGCUGCAAUGUGUAAUUUGGUCUUCCAACAUGUGAAUGAUGUUUCACCUGAUGAGUUAAUCCAUCCACACAUGGAUUAGUUCACCUGUCACUAAUCCCCCUCAUGUGUAUCUGACUCGUAAUUUCAAUGAAUGAAGUACUCCUCGGUACACUCUGAAUGUGUAUACACUUUGUCUUCGUACGUCUUGGUAAUUGUUUAUGACUUAAUCUGUGUUUGUGAGAUCAAUAAAUUCAGACACGUCAUCACUAGUUGGUCUUGACAGAGAUACAUGUCGUUGUACAACCUGCUUAUAAAACUGAAAAGAGAAGGUCAGGUUAAGUAGACUCUACCAGACACUGCUGAGACCACCGUGGAAGUUGUCAUCUCUCAGGAUUAUGUUCACGAGUGAGGGCACAAUAGGACGUGAGUGUCACAUCUAACUACGCUCUCAAUCCUCAGAGUGGUUAGAACUGAGUCAGAAGACUCGGCCUACGCCUGCAUCAGGACACGGCUGAUGUUUUACAGACAGAGCACACAGUCAGCAGACUUAAAGUGGAGCUCCUACUUCUUAACCACUGAAAGUGAGACUGUUUAGAUGAUUGAGUUGUCUCCAUCAUGUAUCCGGAUCUCAUGAAAUGGACAACAAACAAGCCGUGAAACUUGAGGAUGAUUUACACAUUCGGGAAUUAAAUAAUUCAAAUAAUUUCAAGCAUUUCUGUGGAAACUCUUCAGCAAUUUUGGUAUUGUUUCCUGUUGUCAGUUUUGUUUAGGUUUACCAAUUUACAUUUGGUGAACCUGUUAAUUCUGCUUUUGUAUCUUUCUAAAUUACCUUCACUGAGGCUGACACUUCAGGAAAGAAAUGAAAACAUCUUAAAAUGUUGUGUGGCUGCAGAAAACAAAAAAAGACAAGUCUGUUAUAUUCUUAGUUGAAAGUGGUUUCAUGUGUUUGCCACACUACACACCUACUUCUGUGUAUAAGAGAAAGAGGUAACUGAUAGGAAAAUUGUCCUUGGUAAAUAAUCGCAGCGCCGCUCAACUUACCGCCCUCUGCUUUGUCUUAUGCUACUCUUAAUGUUUACGUUGCCUUCAUUAGUUACCGUUUGUUCUUGAACACAUGCAAGAAAUUGGUUGAUGCCUCAUGAACUCCCUUAUUUAACUAUGGUGCUAUUGUGCGAUCAUAUGUGAUCUGUGUUGAGCUGCUGGCAUGACUGUGAGGGGAGUUGAAUCCAAAAGUAGGACAAAAGAAUGUGAAAGGGUGAAAGGUCAUGUUGACUGAACACAUUUUCAAGCUGUGGAAAAAACAAUAAAGGCCAAUUUUGAAACAAAGACAUUGAGUUGGUGACAUUUAGCUGAGGACAAUCAUUAUUAUUAU